UCAAAAAUACGGUUGCAGAGGAAAUAUUUUUUCUUCACAAUAAAAGAAGUUUAAGUUUCCAAAACCCUAUGCUCUGUGUUUCAGAGGAAGAGAGGUCAAGGUAAAGCGUUAUCUCACUCAUUUUUAAGGCUUUUUGUCGUGGACCUCGUAUUCGAUUUUACCUCAGAAGCCAUUUAUAGGGUUCAUUUCGACCCCUUGGGCAAUUGUUUGAGUUCGCAUUUCUCUUGCAUGGGUUUUCCCAUGCUUCUUGCUUGGAUUUCACCAAAGUUUGGUCGUUUUAGGGUUUUCAUUAUCCAUUCGAGAUAGAUUAGGAUUUUGGCAAGAUGGGCAGUAGAAUGAAGGAGGAUGAGAGGAACGAGAAGAUUAUACGAGGUCUCAUGAAGCUUCCCCCUAAUAGGAGAUGCAUCAACUGUAACAGUCUGGGUCCUCAAUACGUUUGCACUAAUUUCUGGACCUUUGUUUGUACGAAUUGCAGCGGAAUACAUCGUGAGUUUACUCAUCGUGUGAAGUCUGUCUCCAUGUCCAAGUUUACUUCUCAGGAAGUUGAAGCUCUUCAGAGAGGUGGUAAUCAGCGCUCAAGGGAAACCUUUCUAAAGGAUUGGGACCCACAACGAAAUACUGUUCCUGACAGCAGUAAUGUUAAUAAAAUUCGGGAUUUUAUAAAGCAUGUCUAUGUGGAUAGGCGUUAUGCUGGGUUGAGGCCAAGUGAGAAGCCGCCAAGAGAUGUGCAGAGCUAUAAAAAUUAUGAGGACGAUACCAGGCGGGCCAGUUCUUAUCAUUCCUUUUCUCAAAGUCCUCCAUAUGAUUAUCAAUAUGAAGAUCGACUUUAUGGAAAGCAAUCUGGCUCUCUUACUAGAAAGCCUGGCUCAGACAGAGGUGGUUAUGAAGGGAAACUUUCUAGCAUCCUUUGCAGUCCCGGUCGAUCAGAAGGAGACUGGCCUAGGCACGAAGACAGGUUUGCCAAUGAGCUCCCUGGUAUGAGAGUUGGUGAAUUUGGCAGCUCUCCUAUUCACUCUGUAAGGGACAUUGAUGGACAAAUAAGGAAGAUAACCAAGUCAUCAGAGAAUGUUGUCCAAAAUAUGGACAGGUCUACUCACUCACAGAGAACAACAUCUUUGGGCAGCUUUGGAUCCUUUGACAGCAACUCCUUAUCUGCAACUACCGUUAAUUCACCUAAUUUAAUCGAUAUUGGUUCAGAUGCAGAACAGUCUGCUCUACCUCCACAAAUUGGUCAAUCUCCUCCUCCUUUUGGAGCACAAGCUUCAACUCCAAAUGUUCCCAUUGUUCAUGAGCCUUUCAAAGCGACAUUUGUCCAACCACCAAUGAACACCAAGGUUCCAUCUAUAGAUUUAUUUGCUGAUGUCUCUCAUCCUCAAACAUCUAUGGCUCCUGUGGAGCCAAAUCUUUUACCACUUUCUGUUGUCCCGCCUUCAGUGCCUGUUGUAGAAAACGAAGGAUGGGCUACCUUUGAUUUUCCUCAACAGUUCGUAACACCCGCUGCAAAAGAAAAUGCUCCGUUAGUUUUGCUGUCUGGGAAGGAACCCUCUAAAGUAGACCAUGAAGUGGUUUCAUCUGUGAACGCCAACCUGCAGCGGCCUUCAGUUCAAAAUUCAACUACUCAGGGAUCUUUCCCAUCUGUGGUGGAUCAGUGGCCCAGUGUGGGAUACAAUGCUCAAGUACCGAGUGCUCCAACAAGCUCUCAAUCAUGGAGUGCUUUUGAUACUUCGAAAGAUAACUUUUCUUUAGCUUUGUUUGAGAAUAUUCAACAAAAGAGUGAGGUUCAAAUUCAGGUAAAAACUCCAACACCUGGCCAUCAGGACAGUGCUAGAGUAUCUGAGGACAUUAGUAAAGUUGUUACCCUACAACCCUCCAUCAAUAGCAGAAUCCCUGAACCAGGUGUACCAUAUAAUGGUGCUGCCAAUGGAUCUGGAUUCCUUCCAUCAGCAAUGGCUAUGAUGGGACAAAUGCCGUUGCAGUUACAAAGCAAGAAAACUACAAACCCCUUUGACCUUCCCUUUGAUUCUGAAGAAGAAGCUGACAAUACGUUCUUAGACAUGGGCUCCUUGCAAGCAUCACUGCCCAAUCCACCAUUGCCCCCUGCCUUUCUUGGCGGCAUGAAUCCAACUUGGUUUCCUCAGAGUUCGGUUCCGCCGUAUGUGGGUGGUGUACCUCAAGGAAGCAUUGGAUACAUGGCUGGCCAAGUGUCAAACCCUCAGUUGCAGUGA